AUGUUUACUUCUAUGGAUGUGUACGAUGCAGCCUCGGUCAUCGGUCACGAAUGUCAACUGAUUGUAAGCCAGUACGGACCGGAAAUUGUGCAAGGCUUAAUGCCAAAAGUAAUUUCAAUGCUUGAAGAACUGGAAAACUGCGCGGUGUAUUGUGAAAAAGAAAAAGAUGAGAUUAUACGUUUGCAGCAAAUGACGGAGGAGUUGCGACAGGACUGUCGAAGCCAGGCUGCAUUGAAAGAAAAGUGCGAUCAAAACCUGGAGCAAUUGGAACAGAGUUGGUAUUGUGAAACACAAAAACUACUGGAUGAAGUCACUAGUCUGGAGGAAGAAAACAACCGUUUGGCUCAUCAAUUGGCUUCCGAAGUUUCCGCCGAUGCGGACGCCGCCGCGGCCGACAGCUCAGACCCAGGGAUCGAUUCAGAUACCACUAGUCGUGCGAAACCCGGUGUGAGUUCCGUGCUAAGAGCUGCAGUCGAAGGCAAAACAGAGACCGUGUCCACGGCAAUGCAAGUGGCUGCCAAAGCCAUGACAGACAAACUACAAACACCCCAACCGGGCAUACUGCCAAUCGAUAUGAUUUCCAGUGUUCUUUCGGAAACAGAAGAACGAUUACAAAUGAGUGAACAAGAAAGUAAGCGCUCUGUUUGUGUCUAUAAACCAGUAAAGUAG